CCUUGGUAGACGUCCUGCCAGUGACUCAAACGGUUGUAUGUUCAACAGUGUCGACUCAAAAGGCCAAAGCCAUAUAGAAGAACUGCCAACCCCAAGACCAAUGUCCUUGACCUGAUAUCUCGUCUGUGUUUUUGUACUUUUUUUUUCUUGAGAUACCCAAUUUCCUUGUCUCAUUGACGACGGGUUUCCUGACCCAACCAGUCCUAUCACAACUCAUAAUGGUUUCUCUAGAGACAAACGGCGACAGCCAUUCGACCUCGAAACUCCAGAUUGUCAAAGAGCAACCUGAAAACCCGUUCGCCCGACUCGUUCCCGACCAACAGUUCGCCAUUAUCCCCUCCUUUACUCUCGAAUCCGGCGCAGUGCUCAAAAAUGCCCCGGUCGCCUUUACUACACGAGGCCAGCUCUCGGAAAACAAAGACAAUUGUCUGGUCAUAUGCCAUGCCCUGAGCGGCAGCGCAGAUGUCGCGGACUGGUGGGGUCCAUUGCUGGGCGGACCAGGGCGGGCUUUCGAUGUCACAAGAUUCUUUAUUGUUUGUUUGAACAGUCUGGGCAGUCCCUAUGGAAGUGCCAGCCCGGUCACAUACAAAGAUGGCGAUCCUGCCGAGGGAAGAUACGGCCCGGAAUUUCCUCUGACGACGAUAAGAGACGAUGUAAAUAUUCAUAAAAUUGUCCUGGACCAUCUCGGGGUGCGGCAGAUUGCUUGCGUCGUGGGCGGGUCCAUGGGAGGCAUGCUUGCGCUGGAAUAUGCAUAUUUCGGCAAGGACUACGUGCGGUCAAUCGCCCCGAUUGCGACAUCGCCAACCCACAGUGCAUGGGGCAUCAGCUGGGGUGAAGCGCAACGUCAAGCGAUCUAUUCGGAUCCCAAGUACGAGGAUGGAUACUAUUCAUUCGACGACCCUCCGGCGGCCGGGCUGGGUGCGGCUCGCAUGUCUGCUCUCCUCACGUAUCGCAGCAGAGACUCGUUCGAGGCGCGAUUCGGCCGAAACACACCGGACCUGUCGAAGCAGCCGUCGAUCAAUCAAGGGAAUGCCAGUCCUCCACAGGCGCAAAAUGAGCAUUGGACCAUUCACAACGACGGCAACAAGCGAGCCAAGGGCCCGCGUGAGUCCCGUCCUGCGUCUCGCAGUGGCACUGUGUCCGAGUCGCAGUCGCAGGCCGAAUCGCCCACGUCGCAACAACCGCCGGCCAUGACUUUCCAGGAUCCCCAAUUCAACGGCACGACAGAGUUCACGGUUCCGGUCCCGGUCGUCAACCGGAAUAAUGCGCGGCCGACCACCCAUUACUUUUCCGCCCAGUCGUACCUCCGGUACCAGGGCAACAAGUUUGUCACGCGGUUCGAUGCCAAUUGUUAUAUUGCUAUCACGCGGAAACUCGACACCCACGACGUUUCGAGGAACCGCGCCCCGAGUGUCAAGGAAGCCUUGGGCAUGAUCGAACAGCCAGCGCUAGUCCUGGGUAUUGAGUCUGACGGUCUCUUCACGUUCGCGGAGCAGGAGAAGAUCGCCGAGGGGAUUCCCAACUCGAGGCUCGGCAAAAUCGACAGCCCGGAAGGCCAUGAUGCUUUUCUGUUACAGUUCGAACAGGUCAACAACUAUCUGCUCUCUUUCUUCCGCGAAGUCCUUCCCGACAUCAUGAACAAACCUGGCGUCGGCAGUGAUGAAAACGGACAGGUUGUCGAUGGCGUGGGUCAGUUGACCAAGAGCAGUACGUUUGGAGAGGCAGAGGUUGGCGACUUGACUGCUUGGUGAAGAAAGAAAGGUGAGGAGGGUUGGGGCAAGACUUUAUGAGCGUCAAGUUCUGUUCUUGACAUGAAGGGGGUCGAAAAAACCAGUUCAACUCUGGUAAUGACCUAAUGUGCACCAUGACUAUGUUACAUUGCACAAAAAAGCGAGCUGUAUAUACGAUUGUAUCGUUGUCGUCGGCCGGGUUGGCCGCAUUCACAAGAUACCCCUGAGCAAGGUUGGAAUGGGAUGAGUCGUUAGAGGAGCUGUAAUGUAUAUAUCCUUUACAAUGGUGACGAGUAGCCUUGGAAACUGGACAAGGAUGAAUGAACAUAUCAAAAUUUGCCAA